AUGGCAACAGUGGCGGAUGGUUUGCGUAAAGAUGCUUGUCGUUUAGCUGGGAAGCUCCAGGAACCCACAUUUAAGAAAACAGAGACAGAAAAUGGAAGCAAACUGGAAACCAAUGGAGACGAGUUGACUGUUGUAGUGUCUCACCCCCAUGGAUGCAGCAAACAGAUCAGCCUUGGUUUCUGUAGCUAUAUCGAUGUCAUGAAAGAUGAAUGGACCCGGUACACAUACACAACAGCAACUUGUCCUGGAUCCAGCGGGGCUCCAGUGGUUACCAUUAGCAAAAACUGGUCCUAUUAUGUCCAUAGUGGUGGAAACUCAACUAAGGAUGGUCAGCUCAAUUACAGCAGUCAUGGGAUAAACAUACUUCCACAAGAUCUGGAAUCUAGACAAAAAUUAAAAGAUCUAAACACAACAUGUGACGAAGCUAACAGGAUGCAGCAAUGA